AGCAUCAGACAGUCGCUUGUACACACCGGCGAAGCUCACACCGACACAGCACCGCAGCUCCAGCAGCAGCGAGUUAGUGCAUCGAUACUAAAAGACGAAACCAAUCCGGAUAUACACUUAGGUGUCCAAUCAGUCGCAAACGUGGCGAGAAGUAUUAUCCAAACGAGUCUGGUACUCAACAUGAGCACGGAGAUGUUCGCUAAAACACCCAUGGAGGUAGCCGUCUACCAGCUGCAUAACUUUUCCAUCUCUUUCUUCUCCUCGCUUCUUGGAGGAGACGUUGUAUCUGUCAAACUUGACAACAGUGCCUCUGGUGCUAGCGUUGUGGCCAUCGACAACAAGAUUGAACAGGCGAUGGAUCUUGUCAAGAACCAUCUGAUGUACGCGGUGCGUGAGGAGGUUGAGAUCCUCAAAGAGCAGAUCAAAGAGCUGGCGGAGAAGAACAACCAGCUCGAGAGGGAGAACUACCUGCUCAAGAACCUGGCCAGUCCAGAGCAGCUGGAGAAGUUCCAGUCGCGCAUCCCCUCAGACGUGCUGUUACCCCUGGACAAUCAGAGCGCCCAGGUGACCCCAGACCAGCAGCAGCAGACCUGCAUCCACAGCACUGGCUCUGCUGUAUAAGUGGCUCUGCUUUGGGGCGGGCAGAGCCACUGUCUCUUAACAGUAAUGGACCUCCAUUUCAACCGAAGUGUUACAAAAUCACUGCCCCCGAGAACCCUUCAAAACAUUGAAGGUGAAUCAUCGGGGCUGUAAAUGAUCGAUGGCACACAAAAUAACUGUUGACACCGAUGAGCACAAAACAGAACUUAAGAGGCUCAGACCGGUGCAGUGUCCGGACCGUCCUCUGAUACCGUCCAACUCUUUGUCGUAGUCUCUCUGCGUAGACAAAAGCGCUAAGAAUAGAGAGAGGGCUGACUAGACACCAAUGAGCGCUUGCUUUCAGACAGGGGGUGCUUUCCCUGCCUAGCCGAACCCUUCCAACAAACACCAUUCGCCCGAGAGAGGGGGGGCUGUGGCGGUGUUGAUCGGGCUGGCCCUGCAAGUGCUAACUUGGAAAGUGUGGGCGAGGUUGCUCCCCGCUCACCCAGAGUAGACCCAACUGAGACGGUCCUCCAUGUCUCAACGAGAAGAGCCCCAUGAUGUGGAUUUGUCCGACCUCAAAAUAGUUUCAAGGACUCCCAGGCACACAUUUCAGCCACACAAUGAGGACUUUUCCUGUACCUACAAUGUAUUGCUCAUGUGUUUGUGUACAUUUAAGCAUAAUGAGAAUAAUCAACAGGAUAAGAUAAAGCAGUGGUGGCGGUUAAUGCAGUAUAGCCUAUUAGAGCUGGUGGACCACUGCAGAAGACUGUUCAGUUUGGUGCGAUGAUUCAUAAAAUGUAAUGUUGUAUUGUCUGCAGUUGGGGCUUGCUGCUUAUGGGGGAAAUUAAUCCUGCUAUAUCUUCUGUUUUUGUCUGUGAUUCUGAACAAAAAUCAGUUGUUUGUAAAAUAGGACCAUUGUACAAUGGUCUAAAAAUAUUUUCUUUGUAAUCUAGGGGGACAGGCAUAUCUGCCCACCUUGUUUGCCUAGCUCUUCACAUUUAAGGGUAACUACAAUGUACAUAAAGAUGAAACGUCCUGAGGAAAAUGUAGUGGAGAGGGUGAGCAAGCAGACGCCUGAUUAUUACAUUUUUUUUAGCAGUGUUGUCCAGUAUCCGCUCCGAUUCUUGCUCAGAUGCCAACUUAAACAAUGGCAUGACAACAGUGCCUGUCCGUAGUAAGAGGAACACAUUUCCACACUGAGCUGCUGUUGUUGUUUUCAAGCUACCAAAGACUUUGCCUUUUUUUUUUCUCACACAACAGAAGCCGAGCAAACCAGGACCAUGUGUAAAAUUUCACAGGGAGAAGUCUCGUUUGUAGCUAGUGCUAAAGUUUCUGUGUUUUUGUAAAGAUAAUGGUAUUGUUGCUGUAAAGUAUCCUUCGAAAACAGUUGUUCACUAUGAUGUUUGGAUACAACUGCACAUUUGCAAUAAACCUUAUGUUUACAUAAUACAA